AUGCCGGCCAUCGCAUUUGGACGAUUCGAUGAUUCAUGCAGGUUAGGCUGUUUGAAGGCCUAUUUGGCGGAAUUCAUCUCCACCUUGCUCUUUGUAUUUGCCGGAGUCGGCUCCGCCAUUGCUUACAACAAGUUGACGUCUGAUGCCGCCCUCGACCCGGCCGGGCUGGUGGCGGUGGCUGUCUGCCACGGAUUUGCUCUUUUUGUGGCUGUUUCCGUUGGAGCCAACAUCUCCGGUGGCCAUGUAAACCCUGCUGUCACCUUUGGAUUGGCUGUUGGUGGCCAAAUUACAGUUCUCACUGGCCUCUUCUACUGGAUUGCUCAACUUUUGGGCUCCAUUGUCGCAUGCUUCUUGCUCAAAGUUGUCACAGGUGGCUUGGCUAUUCCAACCCACGGUGUGGCAGCUGGUGUUGGAGCCAUUGAAGGAGUUGUGAUGGAAAUUGUAAUAACUUUUGCUUUGGUGUACACAGUUUAUGCCACAGCAGCUGACCCGAAGAAGGGCUCAUUAGGUACAAUUGCUCCCAUUGCCAUUGGCUUCAUUGUUGGUGCCAACAUUUUGGCUGCUGGCCCAUUCUCUGGUGGCUCCAUGAACCCGGCUAGGUCGUUCGGUCCAGCCGUGGCUAGCGGUGACUUUGCGGGCAACUGGAUUUAUUGGGUUGGUCCACUCAUCGGUGGUGGCCUGGCUGGACUCGUCUAUGCCAAUGUGUUCAUGGUCCACGAACACACACCACUCGUUGGCGAGUUCUAA